UAGCCUGACUCACACUACUAGAGGCUAAAGCCAUGGCCAAUUGCUUAGGACAACUCUACUAUACCUAUGGAAGUCGGAUGAGAUAUCAUUUUCAGCAAUACAAUAGUGAAAAUGCAUCAACUUUCAACUCCAUUUUCAUUUCCUUUUAAUAUCUCAACUAACUUUCUUUUUUAAACAUAUUAGUAGAGUUUAGCUAGCUGCUCCGGAUCAGGUAAAUGAAUAUGCCAAAGAAAAAAAGUAGUGUUGUUGCUGGCAAAGCAUGGAAUCUGUUGCGUUUAUCGUUGCUAUGGGCAAGAAAAGUUGGUGCGUUCAAGAGAGGGAUUAAGGCCAAGGGGUUUGGAGGUAAAGCUCGUACUCACCAAAUCCACUAUAUGGAACGUCAGCUCUCUUUUGAUAGGACUCCUGAUUCCCCUGUCAAAAAGGAUCAUCUUACAGGCUCCAUGCGGUCCCUUUUCCCUUGCGUAGGUGCAAAGGCAGUCGAAUUCGAUUACGAUAUUGCUGCUGAUGAAGAUGGUGGGUUUUAUGGCAAUCACAAUGGAAGGGAAAGUUUCUUAACAGAAGAAGAAGAAGAAGAAGAAGAAGAAGAAGAAGAAGAUGAAUGCAAUGGCUGUGAAAAGAAGAGUCAAUCAGAGGAAGAAGGGAUUGAUUCCAGGGCAGAGAAGUUCAUAGCUGAGUUCUAUGGUCAAACAAGGUUUCGGAGUUGAUUAAGAUCAACUCAAAGAAGAGUUGUAUUAUAUAUAUAUAUAUAUAUAUGCAUAUAUUGUUUCUCAGAUCAGGGGUGUGGCAGAAUACCUUGGCAAUCAUGCAUUGCUGUUUAGAAUAAUUGUUCUCCCUUUUAGAGUAGUUAACAAGGCAGAAUUUGGGAGUUAAUGUUUCUUAAUAUGUUGAUUUGUAUUUGCUUCAUAUGAGUCUUAUUUGUAUGGUAAAUGUAACAUAUAGAUAUGUAAUCUGCAGCAUGCAAUGCAGAGAAUUACUGCAUUAUCCUCCAUGGAGCUUUUUUUUUAGCAAUAAGAUGAGUUUAAAUUUAACUUAUGCUUGAG